GCUUACGAUGGAGGUUUCUUCCGUAGUGCUUUUCCUGGAGUUCAACAAUGGUUUCAGCGUCAGAUGGACUGCGUGAUAAAAGUUAGGCUGAGUGAGAGGCAGGACCUGCACUCACACAUCACACUAAACCACGUGUUUUCCCUUCUUGUCAGACCCAAGACUCACAGUUUGCCUCCAAGGGGACCUGGAAUCCACAGCUUUAAGAACUUUGAUGUGGAGGACUCUCCCAAAUGUUCAGUAGACUGGCUGAUGAUGGGUCCCUCCUCCAAGCGGGAGGAGUACAAAGUCUGCGGAUCUUUCAUCCCUCCUUCGUUCAUCUCUGCCAGGGACCACAUCUGGAUCUUUUUUCACUCAGAUCCAUCAAGUUCAGGGCAGGCUCAGGGAUUUCGCCUUUCUUACAUUCGAGGAAAGAUUGGCCAAGCCAGUUGCCAGUCAGAUGAAUUCCACUGUCUCAAUGGCAAGUGCAUUCCCGCCACUUGGAGAUGCAAUUCCAUGGAUGAAUGUGGUGAUAAUUCUGAUGAGAAAAACUGCAGCGUCCCCCCAACGGAGCCCCAGUCCAGCAUCUGUCCUUCCGGGACGUUCCAGUGCAACAUUGGCCAUUCCACCAAGUGCUUAUUGAACGAGCUGAAGUGUAACACCGUUAAAGACUGCAGUGAUGGCUCUGAUGAAGAAAACUGCCCCGAUCUGUCCUGUGGCAAAAAGCUGAGCAAUUUCUAUGGGUCUUUUGCCUCGCCAGACUUGUUCCGCUUGGACCGGAAUCGGGCCGACCUCUGUUGCACGUGGCAGGUGGACACCCAAGACAACCGCCACAUUCUUCUGCAGCUCAGUUUGCAGCUGGGCUACAAGGAUUACGUGAAGGUGUAUGAUGGCUUAGAGGAGAAAGCCGACAAACUCAUAGAGACUCUCUCGUAUCGGAAUAAUAAGCACUCGGUCAGCCUGGAGUCCUCAAAGGGGCAGAUGACGGUCUUGUAUUAUGCCUGGUCGAAAAGCACUGGCCAUGGCUUCAACGCAACGUACCAAGUGAAAGGGUAUUGCCUCCCUUGGGAGCAUCCUUGCGGCGAUGACGAGGAGUGUUACUCCGAUAAGCAGCACUGUGAUGGGUGGUGGCAUUGCGCCAACGGCAAGGACGAGGAGAACUGUCCCGCCUGUCAGAAGAACGAAUAUCCUUGCGAGGGGAACAGCGGGUUAUGCUACUCUUUGCUCGACCGAUGCAACAACCAGAAGAACUGUCCCAACGGGUCCGAUGAGAAGAACUGCUUUGUGUGCCAGCCGGGCAACUUCCAUUGUGGCACCAACCUCUGCAUUUUUGAGACCUGGCGUUGUGACGGCCAGGAGGAUUGCCAGGAUGGCAGCGAUGAGCACAACUGCUUGGUGAUCGUGCCCCGGAAGGUCAUCACGGCUGCACUAAUCGGCAGCCUGGUCUGUGGGCUGUUGUUGGUGAUCGCCUUGGGCUGUGCCUUUAAGCUCUACUCACUGAGAAGCAGGGAGUACAGGGCAUUCGAAACCCAGAUGACCCGACUGGAGGCGGAGUUUGUAAGGCGUGAAGCUCCUCCUUCUUAUGGGCAACUGAUUGCACAAGGACUCAUUCCACCCGUGGAAGAUUUCCCUGUUUAUAAUGCAUCACAAGCUUCCGUGCUGCAGAAUAUCCGAACGGCAAUGAGGCGGCAAAUGAGGCGGCAUUCCUCAAGGCGCAACUCCUCCCGCCGACGUUUGGGCAGGCUCUGGAACAGAUUCUUUCACAGGCCGCGAGCAAGAGGUCAGGUCCCGCUCUUGCACCCCACGCGCACUUCCCAGACGGUUCUGGGGGACGGGAUCCUCAACUGCACAGACGCGCCUGCCCAGUGUCUCCCCGCUUCUCCUGAAGGGGCUUGCAGCCCAGGUGGAGGGGUUUCCGAAUCUGGAAAUAGCCCCUUGGCACUGGAGGCAGAAGUCCCGGAAGACCCAUCCACAGCGGAUUUGUCAAGUCCUUGCCCGGCUGCUCUGCCAGACUCUGAGAGUGAACACAGCUGCAAGGCCGAAGACACCUCGGAUGGCAGAGUUGCCCAACCCAGCAAGGCAGAUUCAGGAAGAACAUUUAGGGACCCUUUGCUGGAAAGGGUGACAGAAAUUCACCCACCGGGCAGGAUGGUGUGCAGCAGGACAGCUGGAGAGGGCAGACUUUCCCAGCGGAAUCACCUGCUGAGCGAAGAGCUGCAUCAUCGAUUCCCCUUGAAAAACUGGGAGUCUGGGUACUCUGAAAGCUGUGGAAACAUCCCCCUCCGGGGGGGAAACCAACCUAGUGGUGACCCGCAUUCAUGUCACGAAGAACCUUUUGGCAUUCACCCCACUUGUUGCCAUUCCAUGGAAGUGCCAAUAGCAGCCUCCCCUCUCCCCCUUCCCGAAAUCAGUCCCAAUGACGAUGAGUCUUUACUGGUGUGCUAAAGGGUCAUAUUCACAGGUAGAAACCCACAACGACCUCGCGUGCACCAUGACAUCACCAGGCAAAUGGCGCAGGUCCCAUAAUCCGCAUCGUUUGUGCAAUGACACCAUGGUGCACGCCACGUCACUUGCUCCACCAUGUGCAUGCCAUGGUAGUACACCCCACCCUUUGCCCACACGCCCACCUCUCCUUCGUCUCUUUCUUUAUGGCAUGUUGGUCUUCACAAGAGUAGCUUAUAGGCAGCCAGGGAGGAAGUGUGUUCAUAGCCUCUUUCUCUUUUGUCCUCUUUCAGUUACCUAAUGUGCUGUGAUAGAUAGAAGACACCAUGGUUGGCUGGCUCUAGAGAGUAAGGAAGAUGACCUUGACAGAGGUAGACAAGAUCUGUUACCAAAGCAACGAGAGGAGAAAAACAAGCAGAAAGAAUGCAGAAAUGACUCAUACACCUCCCUAAUUCCCAUGGGUAUAAGAAGGGGAGGAGGCAGAGCACAAUCAGACUUGCAAGAUUCCAUUAUUAUAGCCAAUCUCAAUAAAAGUAGUUUUAGCCUUCCCGUGGAGUUGAUUCCUGGUCUGGUCUGAUGAGGCUGACACUGGCUGGCUGGUUUCACAUGUUGUCCAAAAGCUGUAAGAUCAUUGCUUCGGUUUUGAUGUAGUGUCUUGUGUGAACCUAGCCAGCUGUGGUUUAUUCAAUAGACUAUGCUUAACUUAUGGCGGAAGAAGGUCACCCAUAGGGAUUAGAGCUGGAAACUUGAGAACCCCACCAGGUCCCUCUUGAUCAUUUUGCUUUGCAUUUGUGGCUGAGGAGUGGAUAUGCUCAAAGUUUACCAAGGUUGUCCUUUGGCACUUGGUUGCUUGUGUGUAGGGCUAGGUGUGAUACCCUUGAAUAGGUAAGUGUAUUGAUGGGUAAAGAUAAGUCACACAUGGCCCACACUGGCAUGUUUUCUUCCUGUUGAGAAAGAUCACUCAAUAGUUAAGUCUGCCUUCUUUCUAGAACGUAAGAACAUAACCAGUGUCCUGCUGGAUUGGACCCCUGGGCCAUCUAGGCAAGCAGUCUGUUGUCACAGUGGCCAGUCAACUGCCCAGGGAAACCCAUUAGUCUCCCAGCAGAUGGCCUUCAGAAGUAGUCCCACUGCCAUCAAGGCUAAUAGCUGUUGAUCCCCAUCACUUCCAUGAAUUGGUCCAACCCUUUUUUGAAGUCACCCAAGCUGGUAGCCAACACUACAUCUUCUGACACUUGCUGUAGUUCUUCCAUGGUUUUAUUAUCAGGGGGACUUUCUUGUCCCUCGACUUCCCAAUCUGCACAUGUUCUCCAGGGAAAGAAGUAGCCCAGAGUGAUUCCCUCCACAGGUUCACAGAAGCAACCCUGACCUAACAUAGUCCAUCUGUCUUUGACCCCUGCAUAGGUGGGCGCAAGUCAGAGAGGGAAGCCACUGCUAUGGAUAAACCCUUCUCCAUUCUGUUUUGUUUGUAUCUGUAAAAUUUGUUCCCUCUGCUUCUAGAAAUGACAAGUGAGCCUUUCUGCUUCCCAUUCAGAAGCUGUAGGAGACAUGGCUGGCUGACAGAGCUAGCCCUGGGCCCACGUUAUUACUGUAACUGCUUAAGUGAAAAAAAUCCAAUUAUUGCCAAUUUAGAAUAUUGGUUUAAAUUAAAGCUAUAUUUACCCUGCCCUGGAUAAAAUGUUUGACGGGAAACCAAGCCCUUGGAGCUGCACGUCUUUUCUUUCCUUAGGAAAAUAAUAAUAAUAAAGCUACACCCACUAUUUGUUUGUUCCUUUCAUGAUAAAAGUCAAGAAAUGCCCAGGACUGUCAAAGGUUCUGUCUGGUACAUAAAGAGAAGAAUAUUGGGGUUUUUUUUCUAGCGGCUAGGCCACUGUAAUAACAAGCCAAAUUUUUGAGAUAAUGGGUUGGAUCAAAGCUCACAUUAACAAUUUUAAUGUUGGGUAUGUUGCAUCAGUUUUUCAAGGGUUGCUGUUUAAUCUUGUAUCUUGCAUCUCCUUUCUUCCCUGUUCGUUUUUUGAGAAGAUGCCAGCAUUAGAAGGUUGGGGUAUUCUAGGAAGUUUGGGCAGAUUGUCACUUUGACAAUCUCUGGUUUUCCAGUUGAGUUCUGUGAACUGUCCUCAGAAGUUUUCUGGUGUUCAUUAGAGUAACUCAGCAAUUGCAAGGGGUGCAUGUCUUUAAAUAAAGGCCAAACUCAAAUGAUGUUGGCUAUAUAAAUAAGGUUGUGUUAACCCUAAAUGCGUGUGCUCUCUCUGACUCUUGGUGCACUAAUGGAUGGGGUUGUAAACUCUCACUUCUGCCUUUCAAUGCAAGGUACCAAAUUGGAGGAUUCAGAGCCGUGUGCUGUGUGUGAAACCCUUGGAUGCCAUCUCCAGAGAUCUUCAAAAGUAAUUCUGAAUGUGAUAGAUGGAGAAAAUACUUAAAUACACAAAGGAGAGAAGGGUUUAGCAAUCUUUUCAGAUGCUGGAUAUAUCGUACAAUUUUGCAGGAUGGUGUGGGUAUAUCAUGCGAUGAUGGUGGUGAUGAAAACUUUUUUAAAAUCGCCAGAAGCUGGCAAGAGGACAAACUGUGGGAUUUUGAUGUUCUCACCUGAAACCUCAUAAGGUUUUAUUUUUAAGUAAGAUUUAAAAAAAAAAUUGUUUGAGGAGCCCUCUGGACACCACGUGAGAGUGUUGUGGGAGUUUAAAAUCCCAUCACUGCUGAAAAGUAAUCAUAUUAACUAUAUUAUAGUUUUAAUGUUAAUAGAAUAAAAUCAAAUUUGGCUUUAUUUCUUGCCCUUCCUUACUGUUUUGGGGAGUGUGGUCCCCCAGCACACAAUUCAAAGGUCAAAUGUGGCCCCUGAGUCAGAAAAACCCGUGCACUUGUUUUAAGCAACCCACAAAUCUGUGUCACAUCCAUAACCAGACAAUGUUUUCUCCAAAUUCUGCUUAGUGAACACAGGCAUUUGAAACCAGCUUGACCUUGGCUUGAUCUCAGUUUGAAUAAACCACAGUUUCCCAUGCCAUAAGGGGCGGGUUAAUUUAAAAUAAAAAGGGGAUGGUUCUGAUUGGGACAUGAAAGAGAAAAUGGAGCAAAACAGCAUGAUCUUUUUCAUGCUUGUUUCUCUUAAACUGAACUGGGCCAAGAUAUCCAAAGCGAUAAUAGGUACUCUAGAUUCCUUUGGUUAAUACAUUUUUCCAUAAAAUAAUCCUAUGUGAAUUAAUGUGGUACCCUUGAAUUUGCUACAGAGUUCUUUUCCUAAGAAUUCCACGGUCAGCUUAACAUUGAACGGGUUCACGAAGUAGAAACGUUAGGGAAACUGCCAAGGUAAAUUAAACGUCAGGCCUUCAGGCAAACUCAAACAUGGUUGCUGGAUUUGACCACAACCACAACCUGUUGCUCUUCUUCCUCUCCUUUUCCUUCUUAUGACUGGUAUUUGUUGAAAUUAACUUCCCUUAUCUUGAAAACCAGCUUUGUGUCGUGUGGAUUGAUGCCUUUGCUUUCUUUAAAAGCAGAAAUACUGAUUUUAUUUUAUUUUUUUAAGCAAAGAAAA